ACACCCCCGCCGGGCCGCCCCCACUUGCUGCGGGCACUGCAGCUCCCACCGCGACUGCAGCCCAGCGACUCGGAAACGCAGCGUGCUCCCUGGGCUGCGCAGCGUGGGAGGGUUUAGCGGUCCCGGGGGACUGGUUCCGAACUUGCAGGGGACCGCGGCUCUCCCGGGCCUGGAGAGUGUGAACAGGAUUGCAGACUCUUCCAAGAUUUACAAUGAUAUGGUGAAUUCGAAGGCUGGGGCCAAGAUAAUUUUCUCAGCUCUUUAGUUUGAACAACAGUGAGUUGUCUACCAACACCCGGCAUGGCUAAAAGUGCAGAGGUCAAACUGGCAAUAUUUGGGAGAGCAGGUGUGGGCAAGUCAGCUCUUGUAGUGAGAUUUCUGACCAAACGGUUCAUCUGGGAAUACGAUCCAACCCUCGAAUCAACUUACCGACACCAAGCAACCAUUGAUGAUGAAGUUGUCACCAUGGAGAUACUAGAUACGGCUGGUCAGGAAGACACCAUUCAGAGGGAAGGACACAUGCGAUGGGGGGAAGGCUUUGUGCUGGUCUAUGACAUUACUGACCGAGGAAGUUUUGAGGAAGUGCUGCCACUUAAGAACAUCCUGGAUGAGAUCAAAAAGCCCAAGAAUGUGACUCUCAUCUUGGUUGGAAACAAAGCUGACUUGGACCACUCCAGACAGGUUAGUACAGAAGAAGGGGAGAAGCUGGCCACAGAAUUGGCAUGUGCUUUUUAUGAGUGUUCUGCCUGCACCGGAGAAGGGAACAUCACCGAGAUAUUCUAUGAGCUUUGUCGAGAGGUGCGUCGCCGGAGAAUGGUCCAGGGCAAGACGAGGCGACGCAGUUCCACCACGCAUGUCAAGCAAGCCAUUAACAAGAUGCUCACCAAAAUCAGUAGUUAAGCAGCUCUCUUCUUGCAAAAUCCCCUCUGAGACGGGCCGGGUAAUUGGAAAUUCUCUCUUGCCCUUUCCCUCCCUUUUUUUUUUACUUCCAAAAAUAAAACAAAAUAGUCCAUUUCUUGUUCUGACUCUGGGAAAUGUCUGGGCUUCCCAUUAUUCCCAGGUUCUCAUACGUUGAGAAGUUAGAGUGUUUUAUACAGCGUCAGUGCGGACGAUUUCUCCCUUUGCUGCUUGAAUAGGGUACACUCUAUUGCAGUUUGAACAUGUAAUCACCAGAGAUUCUGAAAUGGCUAGGUUCAUAUUAAGCUAUUUUUAGGCAUCUUCACCUUGCUUAAAUAGGUUAAAGUCUUUUCAAAGUCAUUUUUUCAGUUCUAUUCCUUGUCAAAGACUGCAAAUGAUCAUCUUAAAAGUCUGAGAUAAUACAAAAUAUCUUAAAAGCCCAAGAGGAGUAGCUUGAGAUAUUGGAGCAGGGCUUAGAACCCUAGUUCUUAUUUGAAGUAAGAGUUUUCAGAAUUAUCUUAAAUCACCUAGUUUUUCUUGAACCUUAUUCUGCUCUUCAAGUCAAACAUGUUCUCACAAAGUUUUCCAUUGUCACAGAGAGUUCCAUUUCAUUUUGAGUUGGUUCUCUCAAUGAUCUAUUGAACAUUGCACCCUAAUUCUUCCUCUGUGGCUCCAACAAGAUUUAAUUAUAACAGAGGCAACAGGACCCCUCAAUUCAGAUCCUGCUAGGCCAUUUCUCAUCAAGCCUAGGGUGAUGCAGACAUUAGGAAGCUUUUGACCAAACCCUGACUUUACUGAAUGAUAAUAGAGGAUUUAGAAUUAGAGAUUCUGAUUGAUUUUUCUCCCUGCUUGUCAUCUUAGCAGAAAGACAGCAGUCCAAAACACAGGGAAAUUAAGAAUGCAGCUUAACUGUCCUUCCAUUGGGGAGCCAAGGCUCUGUUCCAAGCUCAUUAAGGACAACUAGUCUCUGAUUCAUUGUUGGCUACGUGGCUUCUAGUAUUUUGGAUAAAUUAAUUCACUUAGGAGAAUUCAGAAAAGAGUGGGUGAUUAAAGUUCACUAUACCUGAAUAAAUGUGUAUAAAACAGAUUCCUAUGUUGUGAAAGUAUAGUCUAUAACUGAUAAAACUUUAUGAUUUUUUCCCCUUCUUAUGCCCCCAUAUAUCAAGAUUUGGGCACUUUAUUUUAGAAUAAAAUAUAUAUCUUUUACAUAUGUGUGUAUUUAUAAAUGCAUAGAUAUAUGUAUAAAAAUUUGUAAGAGUUGGAGGCUUUAAUUCACCAAUGCAUUUGAACAACUUGGUGUAACUGACUAUUUUAUGUGAAUAUAAUAAAAAGCAUACUUUUCACA